GUAAGAUUGAAAGAGGCUGAGAGAGUUACAGAAAGAGAGAGAACUGAAAGCCAGUGGAGGGAGUGUGAGGCAGAGAAAUGGGGAGAAUGGUGUGAAAGAGAAAGAGAAAGAGAGAGAGAGGUUGUGGGUAUGAAGAAGAAAUGUAAAAUAGUGAGAAAGGAACAAUUCCACUUUGAAAAAAGGCAGCUUUUCAUGGCACUGCCAGUCUCACCCAGUCCCACAGCAAUGGAAAAGAAACUGAGGAGUUACUACAUGUGAAAAGAUCUCCAGGGCAGCAUGGAGAACCCCCGAGCGGAGAGGAGGAGCAGAGGAGAACACACACACUCAGACCUCCUGCAGGAGGAGCACCAGCAGGACUCCAAGCCUUCAACAAACUGCCGAGACCACCACAGAUGCCUGCAGGAGGAGCGCUGAAACACACAGGAAGCUGAAGUGGGUAAAGCGCGUGGCUGAUGUUCCGGGCCGUGUGCCGGGCCGCGGGUUUGGGCCGUGGAGGUUGUGGGCUGCGGUGGCUCAGGGCGAGAGUGCGGCGCAGGAGUGCCGUACUCUUCCUCCUCCUCUGGCUGGGCUCAUGGCUCUUACUCAGCGGCCUGCUCUUCGUGCACACGACCAUGUUUUCUGACUUCUGCACGGAUGAUAAGAGCAGGAGGAUUCUCCAAAGACUGUGUGAGGAAUACCAGCAAGGUGCAUUAACAGGUGACCUGUGUGAAGACCUUUGCGUGGGCGGCCAUGUGGAAUAUAAGCGCUGCCUCUACUAUGAGAAUGGGAAGAAGGUCAUGGCGGCCAGCUGGCGAGGAGUGCCGGUCGUCCUCAAGUCCAAACUGGAGAAUUUCUCCUCCUAUGAGGCUUUGGCUCUGUUGGAGUACCAGGACACAGCAGGUGAUGUGGGUGCGGAGGAGGAGCUUUCACCCCUGGAUGUGGUAUUUUAUGCAACUUUGCAGAUUAAGAACUUGUUGGGCCUGGAGGCUGGGAGUAACCUGACGCUACCAAGGCUUUGGGGCCAGAAACUAAAAAAAAGGUCCCAGUUGUACUCACGGGCUGAGCUGGCCUCGCUCUGGGCUCUGCUCCAACAGGAGGAAUACGCCUUUCUCCGUGUGAUGCAGGACCUGACGGACCAUGUGGCCAAGGUGCUGGGCUCCUGCGGCCAUUUUUACGCAGUAGAAUAUCUUGCUGCUGGCCACGCAUGGGACCAGAAUAUCUUCUCAUUGGAGGAGUUCUCUCAAAGCCCAAAAAGUAGAGAAGGACAGACACUAACUGAGAUGGACAUGGUUCCUCGAGUUGCCCUGAGCUUCUUGGACAUGGUGGACCACUUUGAGAAUGACUUUUCUCAUCACUUGCACCUUUGUGAUAUCAAACCUGAGAACUUUGCCAUCAGGCAGGACUUGACGGUGGCAGCUAUAGACGUGGACAUGGCUUUUUUCGAGCCGAAAAUGCAGGACAUUCUUGAGCAAAACUGCACCAACGACAACGACUGCAAUUUCUUCGACUGCAUCUCCAAAUGCAACAUAAAGAAAAACAAAUGCGGAUCGAAACGCAAAAACAGCAACCUUCAGGUGAUCUGUGAGAAGAUCUUCCGCUCGUGGUUCUCUCCCACGCUGCUGGGGGAUAAAGCGGGGCGCCCCCUUCAGGUGGAGCUCCAGAAAGCGGUGCAGGAUUGCGCGGAGACAGAAGGAGGAGAAGACGCAGAUCGCUCCCGGGACAUGAGGUUGCGGCUUCAGGGCCUCCUCACGCAGCUCGUCCAGGAGGACUCGGCUAAUCGUCUGAGCCGAAAGCAAGCACGCGCAAAACGGCGCAUCCAUACGGCACUCAAUUUCUGAGCGGUCACUUGAAGACGAUGCUUAGUGGUGAUCGAAUAUUCUGAUUCAACUCAUCUCCAGUUUAUCGUUUAUGUCGUGUAGCCGGUUUACCUUUCGACUGUAGUCACACUGUGCAGUUUUAAAUAUAAACAACUAUGCUAAUAUAGCAGUGUUCGUUUUUAGAGAUCUUAUGAAAUACUGGAUGUACUGUAAAUAACACUUUUGUAUAGGAAAAAAAAACAUAUCUGUAAAUUUGCAAACGUCAAUAAAAUAAGAUUCCACCA